CACUAAGAAUGCGCAUCAUCUACUGGGGCCGAUAUCUUCUACUUUUUCCUGUCUUGACCGUCCUCUACUGGCUCUUCGCCUUUGUGAGGAUACCAAAAACGUUUGAACCUCAACGCCAUACCAUAGGCUUAGCAUCAGGUCCAUCAACUUUGGCCGACUUUCUGUCCUCUUCAAAAGAACAGUAUCUUCAAGAUGCCCGGAACGGGAGCGGUAAGGCCAAAGAAUGGACUGUGGUCAUGGGAAAUGAAGCAGGAGGUAUUUCAGCUAAUAGUCGUUUGAGGGAUGAUGCCUGAGUGUUCACGCUAUUCGACAGAUCUUGAUACCAUAGCUAGCUCCAUUGCCUUUUCCUGGCUAAGAACAAAGGCUUUGAAUCAACCGUCGGUAUCUCUCUUACGAAUGGAUUGUGAUGAUUUGAACUUAAGAGCGGAAAAUCUGCACGCGCUUGCCCUCGCGGGCGUAUCGCGUCCCAAAGAUCAAUUGCUCUUCGUCACGGAUGUCAUCAACUUUCAUCCCUUCCCUUCCCAUAAAUUCGCCCUAGUGGAUCAUAAUCGUCUUUCCUCUGCUUUUACACCUGAAGGGCAACCACUCGUCGUUGCAAUUGUUGAUCAUCACGCCGACGAAAACUUAUAUGUUGAUAGUGCCGAGCCUCGAAUCAUCACUUCAUCUGGAAGUUGUGCCUCACAUAUUGUGACCUUGCUAAGCAGCCUCACUGUUGAAAUUCCUCCGGAAUUGGCAACACUCCUGCUUUCUGCCAUACUUAUCGACACAGAUGGUCUUAAACCAGGUGGUAAAGCCGUCGAUGUCGACAGGAAAGCAGCAGAUUUUUUGCUUCCAAGAUCCACUUUUGCGUCUUCCGUGAAUAUGCUCGAGACUACUGGUGCAGCUCCCUCUGGCCCUGUCUUUAAGCCAGAGUUCAUACAAACCUUGUCGGAUGAGCUUUCUACAAAGAAAAACGACGUUUCUCAUCUCGGACCGCGGGACCUUCUUCGGAGAGACUACAAGGAGUACGAGUUUGUUCUUCCAUGGCACGCUGCUGAGCCUCAGAUUCGAGCUGGGCUAUCCACCGUACCCGUCAAACUAGAAGACUGGGCGGUGGAUGGGAAAUUAGAGACCGAAGGCGAAGCAUGGAUGAAGGAAAGAGGGUUGCACAUACUCGGGGUGCUGACUGCGUAUCGAGGUGCAACCAAAGGGAAACGCAAACGUGAAAUGGCAUGGAUCAUUCGUACUGAUACCCCACCUACCGAUGACUUCGAUUUUGAAGCGUUGACGGAACGAUUAUGGAGCGGAUUAGAGGCGGAUUCAGUAUUGGAGUUGAAGGAGCACAAGAAGUUUGCGCAUGGAACACAGGGGUCCAUAUCUGUUCCCGAACUACGGGUCCGGUGCUAUAUGCAAAAUCCUCAUGCAACUAGGAAAGUUACUGCUCCUGUUUUGAAGGCGAUCAUGGAAGCGGAAACGUAACAAUAUUUUUGUCGAGUCAUUCCAGCAAUGUAUCCAUAACCUACCUCUGACGAAAUUGUAUUCAUUUAUUCACUCGAAGAACUCGAAAAAAAAGA